CCAAUUUCUCUUGCUUUAUAGUGUUGCGAAUAUGACUGCUUUGCGCUUUGUUAGAUCUGUCUGGGAGUCCUUUCGGGCAACAUCGGGUCUAGAGCCUCGUCUAUUGAACAAUCUGCAAGUGACGGCCGCCCGACCUGGCGUUGUCAACUUUGAAUUGGAAGUCCAGAAAGAGCACACGAACCGCUUGAACAUCCUCCAUGGAGGCACAAUUGCUAGCAUGGUCGACCUUGGUGGCUCUUUAGCCGUGGCCUCUCGGGGUCUCUUUGCGACGGGUGUCUCGACAGAUCUCAGCGUGACAUACCUAAGCUCUGGAGGAAAGAUUGGCGACAAGAUCUUGGCUGAGGUCACCUGUGAUAAAUUCGGUAAAACCCUCGCAUACACCAACAUCAGGUUCACAAACCUUGCCGGCGACAUCGUCGCAAGAGGAAGCCACACGAAAUUCGUCGCACUAGCCUGGAAGGAUCCGCAGAAUAUCGUCGAGCAGCUCAGGGAACUCAAUGAGCAAAAGGAGCAAAAGUCUUGAUACCAUUUACGUCAUAGAUAUUGAUAGUUCUGAUGCUAUGCCGUUAUGUGGUAUAUAGGAGACUAUGUAUAGACCACAUGGAAAUAGAGAAUGGAUCUCCAUAUAUAACUGGGAGUAUAUGUGUUAGCUUAGCUAUAAGCAGACAGCGGAAACUUGCUCUCCCUAUCGUCAAGCAAACAUGGCUUUCCCACACAACAUAGAACGACUCUGCGAUAUGAAAUGGUUGAGUUCAGUCAGAGGAAAUGAUUUGUUCAUGGGAAGUUAUUGAGGACCGUGUUGACAUAUGAACCCUCAAAGCACAUUACUUCGGAUGCAAUGAUUAGAAUGAAGACGAAUCAAUUACACUACCGGAG